AUGAACACAAAAAUUGGGGCCCUGGAGAGGGGAACAACCCUAGAAGAAAGCUUCAGGCCAGGCCAACAUCCCUUUACGAGGGACCUCAUGAGAGCAGAGCUUCCCAAGGGUUUUAAACCGCCUACGUUCGAGGCUUAUGAUGGGAAGGGCGAUCCCAACGACCACGUCAGUUACUUCAAUGCUAUGAUGACAGUCUAUGGUGGGUCUGAUGUAGUAUCCUGCCGAUCUUUCCCCACCUCUCUCAAGGGGCCCGCGGCGUUGUGGUUCACCAAAUUGAAGCCUAACUCUAUCCGAAGCUUCACAGAGUUGGCCAAAGCCUUUGUCAACCACUUCCAGAGCAGUGUAAAGCAGAAGAAGACCGCAACCAACUUGUUGGCUGUGAAGCAGUGCUCUGAUGAGUCCAUCAAAGAUUAUAUCACCCACUUCAACGCAGAGAGCCUGGAGAUCAAGGACCUGGACGACGCAAUGGCCUUCAACGCCUUGCACAAUGGGGUCACCAACCACGACCUGGUGAAAUCACUCGCACUGGGCCCAGUGACGACUAUGCCGCAGCUACUAGACCACUGCUACCAAUAUGCCAACAUGUUAGAUAUCAUGAAGGCAAGAAAAGCAGUGGACGGCAAGGUCCCUGAGAAAAAGAGGGCAAGCGAGAAGGAUGAGAAGAGUAAGGACACCAAGAGAGCAAGGUCAGACAGAGACCACAGCCCCGACUACACCCCGCUCAACACCACCAGGACCAAAAUCCUAAUGGAAGUAUCUGAUCGAGGGCUACUACAGUGA